AUGGAGUCAAGCGGUCUGAUGCAUCAUCAUGGAAAUGAUCAACCGGUUGCUGGCCGGCAAGUUUUUAUUGGAAAUCUUCCAUUUACUAUGCAGUCCAAGGAUCUAAAAGAUGUGUUUAAUAAAACUGCCGGAGUGACCAGUGUCAAGGUUAUGAGUCAUGGGAAUGGUCGUUCUCGUGGUUUUGGUCUUGUAUAUUGUGACACUCCUGAAAUUGCCCAAUCGAUUAUUACUCAAUUUCAAGGUUUAGAAUUGAAAGGACGCCAGAUUGAGGUGCGCAUAGAUCGUGUCAAUCGCUCGAAUAUCGGUCAUGGCAGCGAACAGCAUGAUGGUCAUAAUUUUCUCACCAAGAAGCGUGUCCAGUAUCAUAUGAAUAAUUCUCCUCAUCAGCAUCAACCAUAUAAACAAGAAGCUGUACAUACUACUGCUUCCCACGCCUUGGCCGCUCCCACUCUUUUGCAUUCUGCUACUUUAGCACAUCAUGGUCAUGGUGCUGUAGGCACGUAUCAUUCUGUCACUGCUAUUCCCACAACCAAUUCAUAUUCUCAUGGAUGGAAUUCUGAACGCGAUCAUGACUAUCAUUCAACGAUAGGCGACUACAACGCUUUGCAGACGUUUGACGUGGGUGAUGCCAUUGCAUCAAUUGAUUUAAAUUCUGGAACUCGUGUUGUGGCUCCCUCUGGUGUUCAAGACUCGUCAUUUUACAGCAACAACAGCGACAGUAUUUCACCCUCCUUGAAAACUCAUCACGCAGUUUAUCCCAAUGACGACUGUUCUGGACACUCGACAGAAGUACAACCUCACAAAACCGAAACUAAUGCAGGUUUGAAGCAUCAAUGUACCACGCUGUUUGUUGGAAAUCUGCCAUUCAUUAUAACGUGGCAGGAUUUAAAGGAUCUGUUUAGACAAGCUGGCGAUGUUGCCGUUUCUCAUAUCCCAACAGAUGGCUCUGGUCGAUCUCGUGGAUUUGGGAUCGUCACUAUGACUACUCCAGAAGAUGCCGCAAAGGCCAUUCAAAUGUUUAAUCGUUACAUUUUAUCUGGACGCCAACUGGAAGUUCGUGAAGAUCGCCACGUUUUUAAAGCAUCAAAAGAAGGUGAGCAUCAUGAACAUAGUCACCGAACUACUAGACUAGACUCUCCAGCACCAUUGACUCAAUACGGAGGUCAGCACGAUACUGGUCACAUCAGACAUGAGCAUGGUUAUGGAAAUAGAAGUGAAAACUAUGCAAUGAAAAACAGCGGUAUUACUCUUUUUGUUGGCAACCUUGUAUACAGCGUGAUUUGGCAGGAGCUCAAGGAUCUAUUUCGAUCGGUCGGUAUUCCCACUAAAGCAGAAAUUGUCACAAGUAGCUCAGGACGCAGUCGUGGCUUUGGAUUUGUGACCAUGGCUACGCAGGAGGAUGCCAACAAGGCUAUUAAAGAAUUAAAUGGUACCGAAUUUCGUGGUCGCAAAAUUGAAGUUCGUUUGGAUAAAUUCGGCAGUCAUGAAAGUCGGGGUAUUCCAGAGGCUUUGCAAGGCACUCAAGUUCUCGUUGGAAAUUUACCCUUCCAUAUGAGAUGGCAAGAUCUCAAGGAUAUAUUUAGGUGUGUGGCAGAGCCGCAACUUGCCAAUGUCCGUAUAGAUCCGGAAACUGGAAGGUCUCAGGGAGUUGGAACUGUGCGUUUUCAAACCGAAGAAGAUGCAACUCGUGCUUUGAGUCUCAAUGAAACCGUGAUUGCUGGUCGUAGCAUUUGGGUUCAGAUUGAUAAACAAGCAGUCUAA